AGUGCGCGAAUUCAGACAGCGAAGCAAACUUCCGGGUUCGCUUUCCACAAAUGUUGUAAAUCUACGAGCUAAAAAAAAUACAGGUAGAAUAUAAUUUGUCGUGCAUAUAGCGAAGUUGUAGAUACAAUGUUUGCGUUAACUACACUAAAGACAACGAAUGCAGGAAAUUGACGGGGCUAUUUCACUAAAACAACACAAUUAUACGAAGAGGAAGGCCACAUCCGGUUAGCGGAUUAAACAGGGGGAACAUGUCGACGCAGGGAAGACUGUCCGUGUUCGGGUUUAUAUUUUUUAGUGUGGUGGUGCGGGACGCCAUGUGCAUUCUGACAUCAGGAAUGCUAUUUCCUCGCGAGUCUUCUUCCAGGGAAGUGAAGGACUUGAGCGGGCUAUGGAGCUUCAGGGCCGACAUGUCCCCAAACCGGAACCAAGGCUUUGAGAGAGCUUGGUACAAACGUCGUCUUACUGAGACCGGUCCAGUGAUCGACAUGCCUGUUCCGGCCAGCUUCAACGACAUUACCCAGGACCCCAAAUUGAGAGAUUUCAUUGGCUGGGUGUGGUAUGAGAAAGAGAUGGUGGUGCCUGCCCGCUGGCUCGCAGACGAAGGAAUAAGGAUUGUUCUCCGGGUGGGAAGUGCACAUUAUUAUUCAGUGUUGUGGGUGAAUGGGGUGAAAGUGACCGAGCACGUAGGCGGCCACCUUCCCUUUGAAGCAGACAUCAGCGGUGUACUCCGAGAUGACCCGACGACGCCCAGCAGGAUCACCAUUGCAGUCAACAACACUCUCACCCUGGAGACUCUUCCUCCAGGAACCAUCCAGUACCUUAAUGACUCCACCAUGUAUCCUGAAGGUUUUUUUGUGCAAAACAUCAACUUUGAUUUCUUUAACUAUGCCGGGAUUCACCGUCCUGUAUUGCUGUACACGACUCCCAAGGCUUAUGUGGAUGACAUCACAGUGGUGACGGACUUCUUGGAUAGCACAGGUCUAGUCCGAUACAAAGUAUCCGUCCAAAAUGCCGCUGGAGCCACCCUGAAGGUCCUACUGACAGAUAAAGAUGCCCACACAGUGGCGUCCUCCAGUGGGCCAUCUGGAGUGCUCAAAGUCCCUGAUGUCAAACUCUGGUGGCCGUACUUGAUGCAUGAGAAUCCCGCUUAUCUCUACUCUUUGGAGGUUCGCUUGAUGGCAGCGGAUGGAAGCUCGGCAUAUGAGGAUGUGUACACGCUACCAGUCGGCAUCCGCACCGUCGCCGUCACCAGCACCCAGUUCCUCAUCAACGGCAAGCCCUUCUAUUUCCACGGAGUCAAUAAGCACGAGGACGCUGAUAUUCGAGGUAAAGGCUUAGACUGGCCUCUGAUCGUCAAGGACUUCAACUUACUGAAGUGGUUGGGAGCCAACUCGUUCCGCACCAGCCACUACCCGUACGCAGAGGAGAUCCUGCAGAUGUGUGACCGCCACGGCAUUGUGGUCAUAGAUGAAUGCCCGGGGGCGGGCAUCAAAGACAUUCGUAGUUUCGGCAACGCCUCCCUGGCCCAUCAUCUGGAUGUCAUGGAUGAGCUGGUGCGUCGGGACAAGAACCAUCCUUCUGUGGUCAUGUGGUCAGUGGCCAACGAGCCGGCAUCGGAGAUGGCUCCUGCUGAUUUUUACUUCAAGAGUUUAAUUGGACAUACAAAGACCCUGGAUCCCACCCGACCUGUGACUUAUAUCACAAACAGUUACUAUACCAGAGACAGAGGGGCCAGCUAUGUGGACGUGGUUUGCGUCAACAGCUACUCCUCCUGGUACCACGAUCCAGGCCACUUGGAGGUCAUCCCCAUCCAGCUCAACACGCAGUUCGAGAACUGGUACGGAAAGUACAAGAAGCCCAUCAUCCAGACCGAAUACGGAGCAGACGCCGUGCCGGGUCUUCACAGCGAUCCGCCCUUGAUGUUUACUGAGGAGUACCAGAAGGUAGUCUUGCAGAGCUACCACAACGUGUUCGACCAGAAGAGGAAGAAGUAUGUCAUCGGUGAACUCAUCUGGAACUUUGCCGACUUCAUGACUGCACAAGCCCUCAUUCGUGUGGUGGGCAACAAGAAGGGUAUUUUCACCCGGCAGAGGCAGCCCAAAGCAGCGGCUUUCACCCUGAGGCAAAGAUACUGGAGGCUCGCAAAUGAAACGGGCAAGAUACCUCCUUGGACCAAAUACCCCUGCACGCUCUGAGGCUCGAGUCAUGUGCACGGCCAACUGGUUACAUCAUCAUUUGCAAUAAUCAGACUGGAUCAAUCGACGUCCAAUCACCAGCUGUGUUUCUGAGUGCCUUAUUAAUGAUGGAUGUGCUUGAUGAUGACGAUGAAUUAAUGCAAGUUUAAAACGCAAUUGAAAAUUGGCGACACUAAAGUGCUUCAGAAUAUUAGUUAUGCAACAAUCCUGCUGAGGCCGAGGCGCCAUCACAACGGCAAAGCUUGUCCCAGACGCCACAUCAUAGCGGAACCUUGUUUUUUUUGUGUGAUCAGUCGUAAUUGUGUCAGCAGUUGCAUGUAUUUCUAAAUGAAUGAUUGCACAAUUUCAAGAGGAAAAUAAAGUUGGUCAGUAUUUUA